GUCGAGUAAUAAUAGCAUCAUUGUUUCGCGUAUACCUGAGUUUACCAAGUGCUGUUUUCGGUGCCCCGAGUGGAUAUGGUAUUGGACUAUGGGUAUCGUAAAUUUAUAACCCAAAAAAUUCGAUAAUCGUACGAGUAAAUAGUAAAUAUUAAAAUUAAUAAUCGAUAAAUAAAUACCUACAAAUGUGCAAAUCGUUCGGUAUAAUAUGAUCGUAUAUUAUGUAAAAGUUUAAUAAAAUGGAUUUUUCCAAUACCUUAUUGCGAUUAUAUUUUAAUUCUGUCGUUGUUGUUGUUAUUGUUGUUGUUUCGUCGAUACCUAUCAAGAUGCCAGUGUCGUCCGAAUUUAGUUUCGUAUUAAAAUAAACCAGUUUCGCGUACUUAUAUAUUAUUUUUGUAAUUUGCUCGCACACACACUCACGCACACACAAUCAAAAUGAUGUACAAUCCGGAAAAAAUGAUGUCCAGUAAAGGUCCUCUACCAAUUAGUGGACCAGGAGGACCUUGCUUUCCUUCCAGAUAUUCGCCAACAUACAGGACAGCCGAUUCGGUCAGACGAUGUAUGCCUAAUCACACUACCCGGAUACCUGAUGACGUAAUGACUUGCAACUCUUGGUCUACCAGACAUAAUGGUGACAUAUUUAGCGGAUUAAAUGACGGAUUACUGAGUAGAGCUGAAGCUUUAGCUGUUGCCGAUAUUAAACAUCAAACCAACUCGCCUAGCAGUUUAUCACCUUUAAAGCAUGAUAUGAUGUACCAUACCAUGGGAGCUCCACACCAUCCACCACCCAACUCCAGACCCCAUCAAGUAAACCAUCACGGUAUGGACGGUUUAGAUAUGCUGGAGCCUUUGACAUCUUCCGGAAUGACGACGCUGACGCCUUUAUCGGACGGCGGCGCCCACGGUCACCUGCAGGGAGCUUCGAUGUACGGGCCAUCGAUGAACGGCAUGAUGUCCGGUCACCAUCACCACCACCAUCACCACGGCGGACCUCUGUCCAGUCACGUACCACCUACUCACCAUCAUCCGGGCGGCCACCAUCCCGGAAUGCCGGUCGGCCUACAGCAUCCGGACUCGGAUACCGAUCCGCGAGAACUGGAGGCGUUCGCCGAACGCUUCAAGCAGAGGAGAAUCAAAUUAGGCGUGACGCAGGCGGACGUCGGCAAAGCUUUAGCAAAUCUCAAACUUCCAGGCGUCGGCGCCUUAUCGCAAUCGACCAUUUGUCGUUUCGAAUCGUUAACCUUAUCGCACAAUAAUAUGAUCGCUUUGAAACCUAUCCUACAAGCGUGGCUAGAAGAAGCUGAAGCGCAAGCCAAGAACAAACGAAGAGAUCCGGACGCACCCAGUGUACUUCCAGCCGGCGAAAAGAAACGAAAAAGAACCUCCAUAGCCGCUCCGGAGAAGAGAUCGCUGGAAGCGUAUUUCGCUGUACAGCCUAGACCAUCGGGCGAGAAAAUCGCCGCCAUUGCCGAAAAAUUAGAUUUAAAAAAGAACGUCGUUAGGGUUUGGUUUUGUAAUCAGAGGCAAAAACAGAAAAGAAUGAAAUUCGCCGCUCAACAUUGACCAUGUUUCAAUUUUUUUUCUACCUACCUACUCGUCGUAUCUUCUCGAGCGUGUACCUACGAAUUUUUGUUUUUCGUUUGGCUUUUUAUUUCGUUUUUACCUUAUUGUUGGUUUGUUUCGAACGAAACAUUCGAAUAGUCGCUGUAAUGGUUGGAAAAUCACUUCGAACGUAUUUUCAUCUCAAGAUCCCUCAUUUUUAUCGUAGGUAUUUUUCUACCUCUAAAAUAUUGAUUUGCUCAUCGAACGAAGAUAAAAUUUAAUUGAAAGCGAUAAAACUGGCAAACAUUUAAGCAAGCAGGAAGGUGACUGAGGAGUCAAUGAAAACAUGGUAUACCAACCAGGCAAUAGAAGUAUCAUAUUUCUGUUAGGCAACAACAUCAAAAACCUUCCGACUGCAACAACAAGCUCACUUUAUAUUGAUUCCAUUUACAAAGACUAGCUCAUCAAAAGAAUAUUCCCGCUGAAAAGGGACAGGGAGGUACUCCAUAGGCAGAAAACUUUUCCAUCGAAAGAGAGGCCAAAAUACACCAUCAGUCAAUAUUUCAGGAGUUAAAAGUAUAAAAUUUGGGUCAAAAAUGCGAACACAAUCAAAAUUACAACAAAUUGACUCAGAAAACCAAAAUUUGACGUGCACCCUAUUUUCAACCUCACGCCCCCCCGCCCCCCAACAA